AUGGGAUUGACUCGAAUUGUCUUUAUAAUCUUGACGAUAUGGAGUUCGCUGAACAUGUUUACAGAUCCUCCAUUGACAAGUCCUGUCAUAAAGCAGGUAGUGAAUCCAGAGACACCUCUCAGUUCAGAAAUUACAAUCCAGGCAGGCGCCAUGUUGAAUUUGUCGUGUGAAGUGACUGGAGGAAAACCGCGUGUGUUAACCGUUAAAAUACGAUGUGAUGGCAUUAACCCCAGUAGAGUUUAUACGAUUGACGGAGAUCGUGUUACGGGUUAUCUUUGGUUUACAGUAAUGAGGAACUUCAACAAUCACACCUUACGACAUGUCUUGAACUCAACUAACAAGAUCCUAACAUUGAUAUGUGAUGCAGCAGAAAGUGAAGAGAACUACAGCUUCUCUCCAUUCACCCACUUCUGGGGAAAGCCCAUUUUGGAUAAUGACUCGAAACAGAAUCAGAUCGUAUAUGCUGUCCUUGGUAAAACUGUUGUUUUGAAAAGAAAGAUAUUCAGCAAUUCCAACAUUACUCUGCACAUGUGGAUAAACCAACUCGAUCAGAAUGUAACAGGCAGACUAUCUAGGACAAAUGUGACAUUGGACAUCUACAGUAUUGUAGUCAAAGAUGCUGGCUACUUACUGACACUGAAGAUCUCUAACAUAAGCAAAGGUGACCUGGGACUUUACACCCUGCAUGUCUGUAACAACGAUGGAUGCGGCGAUUUUUACACAACUUUAAAAGUAGCAAUCUCAGAGCCGAUCAUGAGUCCUGACCCCAUAUUAAUACCAGCUGCAUCCGGUGCAGCAGGAUUUGUGAUUCUAUUGGCCGUCGUUGUCGUCAUUAUCUGUGUCAUCAAGAAGAAGAGGAGGAAUUCACAAACAAACAAAAAUAAUAACGAUUCUGAACAUGAUUCUGUGAACCAAACUGACAAGCAAGGAGAGGAAACAGUGAUGGAAGACAACGAGCUUUACUUCAUGCCAAGUAAUAGAAAAAAACACAAAAAGAAACCAGUGAUGGAAGACAACGAACUUUAUUUCAGUUCUAAGAAGCAUAAAGAAAAACAAGAAACAGACGAUGCGCUUGGACCUGAUGAACAGGGUGUGGAUGUUAAACCAGACGAUGAACUUGGACCUGAUGAACAGGGUGUGGAUGUUAAACCAGAAGACGCCAGCGCCAUGUAUUCAGUGAUAAACAAACAUCGUAAUCGUGCAUCAGACGACAACACAGAACCUACUGGUAAUGACAUCAAUUCCGUGUUUUCAGUCGCCAACGGUGAAGAUAAACAACCAGGAGAUGAGGAUUUCAGCUCGCUCUAUUCCACUGUCAACAAGCAUCCACAGACUGUAGCAGACGAUAAUACAAAACCUACAGAUGAAGACACAAAUGCUCUGUAUUCGGUUGUCAACAAGAAAAGUAAAACGAAAGCAAAUGACAGCACAACACAUCCUGGAGAAGAAGAAGAAGCGGAAAUCAAUGAUUUGUAUUCAGUGGUCAAUAAGAAAAGUAAAACUGAAAGAGAUGAUAAUACAGAUCCAACAGCAUGAGAGACACAAAUCUGUGCUUAAGAAGAAUAGGAAAUCUGGAGAUGACGUCAUGAAAAAGAAAUAAAACAGACCAAUGAAAAUCCUGGAGACAACGAAGUUUGGUGAGAUGUUUCAGUAGCAUACACAGAUGAAUAAAAUUAACAAGAAGUAAACAACUUUAAAAUAGAAAGGUGGCAAUACAUAAAACAAAAACUGAAUGGCAUGGUGUUUGUUGUUCCAGCUACAAUGGAAACUAACAGUCAUGGUUAAAAAUACAUCAACCCGAAGCUCAUGUUUUUUUAUGUUUAUCGGAAUAUUUAAACAGUGUGGGGG